GUCAAUAAAUUAGAAUUGAAUGAAACAAUCGAGAGAAUUGGAGCCGAAACGGUGGAAAUCAUAGAAUCCCUCAAGGUCGGGUAUUUUCGUUACAUGAUUCAGAAGAAACCGUAUUACGAAGAAAUAACCAAGGAGUACAAGAAACACAAAAAUAUGACGAAUGACCUAAAUGAUCAUAAAUUAAAAUUGGAAAACGGGGUGGGGAUAAAUGAAGAUGCGGACUUUUACCGGAAGUUGAAUGAAUUGACGGCAUCUCCAAUUUUGAUGAUGAUGUGUGAGUGGUUAGAGGAUUUAGAAAUUAACCCCGUGAUUUUUGUACCCUAUAGAAACCUCGAGCAUAAACUGAACGACAAAGCAACACAGUUUUAUUAUUUGCACAUCAAGAAUCUAGAUGAAAGAGUUGAAAAUAAUUUAAACGAGUUUAGAAGGCAUGUUCUGCAUGACAGAGAUAAGAUUCUUCAAGAUUUGUUUGAUACUAUUAGUCAAACAUACGAUAUAACAAAUGAGCAACCCGUCCAUGAUGACACCGAAGAAAUCAUUGAUGUUCACCUAACGAAUUCAGAACAUCAAGAUAGAAAAGAUUAUUCGACCAGUUGCAAUGAUAUUUUAGAGCUUUGGUCAAAGGGUUUUUUGAACGAGAUAAUUGAGCAAACGGAAGAGCCAGAUGAACGUAGCGAAAAUUAUGAACAUGGUGAACACGAACAUGCAUUUCAUGACGAGGUUAGGUCGCGAGAUAAAGCUCCUCGAUGGUGGAAAUCUUAUAAUCUCUAUUCUGCACAUCGAACCUCCAACAACCAAGGUACCAUCGGAUGA